AUGGGAUUAUUCUCUAGCAGUACUGAAACCGAAAAGACGAACUUCGCUCCAGCUAAAAAGGAACGUACCGUAUGCUGGGAAAAACGAGACUUAUUCUUUGACUGUCUCACCAAGAACAACAUUGACAACUCAUUAGACGCCAAGGAAUUGCCCAAAGUCAAUAGUGAAUGCGGGAACGAAAAGAAAGAGUUUGAAGCAAGUUGUGUAAACAGUUGGAUCAAAUACUUUCAAGAAAAGAGAUUCAACGAUUUGACGAGAGCCAGAUAUAUCGCUAAAUUAGAAGCAGAGGGCGCUCAACCUAUACCCAUCAAGCUUGAGAGCAGCACCAGAAAGAAGAAUUAA